UCCACCUGAUAAGGUAUGAAUUAUGGUGUCGAAUGUUGCGCGAAUUAAUUUAAAUGACACUUAUUGCCGCGGUAAGGUUUGACCUCUGACUCGCGGCCUAGCACAGACAUAAAUUCUAUGCACUCCCUGCCCACUGCAAGUGUCUAUAACACGACUUUUUCUCUUAGAAUUCAUUGUCGGUUGCUUAGAUGCACGAUGUCUCAAAGUAACUAUUAUGUGGUAUACAAAGGCCGUGUAAACGGCCCUACUAUAUUCUCCUCUUGGGCCCAGGUGCACCCCAGGGUGACGGGAUACAAAGGCGCGCAUCAUCAGGGCUUUGAUACUCUUGAAGAUGCUCGCAGCUCACUGCAGGAAAGAGGUUACAUCGAGUUUAGUGCAGUUGUUCAAAGCAAUUCAACAAGUACGACCUCCACGCGGGGACAAAAAAAGUUUUAUGCGGUAGCAUAUGGAAGAACCAGUGGGGUAUUCGAGGACUACAGAGACGUUGAGAUGGCUACUAAAGGAUUCAAGUCAGCAUGCCACCAGGGUUUUGAGACUCGGAAGGAGGCUGAAAGGUUCAUUAACGAGUGGAGGACCUCCUAUUGUGAGGUUUUUCAAAAAAGCAUAAGAGAUAAGUUAGAUAACGGAUGGUUACCCAGAGAUUUAAGCUUCAAGACCGAAGCAAUUUUGAAGAUGGACAAUGGAGGAAACGCAGCGGAGGGCCUAGCCAUGAUGAUGGAAAAUCUGGAUUUUAAGAGAUAGAUUACAACCAAGAUAGCAAAUAAUCAACUAUUCAUUGGUAGG